GCUGACGCGGCUUCCUGGGGCGGUGCAGCCGCGGAGGCGGCCGGGCCGGAGCGCUUCUCCCGUCUUGGGGUCCCAGAGAGGCCGGCGCGAGCGGGGUGGGGGGAGGCCAUCCGGCCCGGCGAUGGUGGUGCUGAAGGGGGCAGACAUCGGGGGCGCCAGGGGGGGGCAAGAGGAGCCGCAGCUGGGAGCCCCCCUAGCGCAGCCCUACGGGAGGAUCGAAGACAGCUUGCCUGCCCUGCGGGGGAGCCCCUCUGCCAAACGGUUCUCCCCGGCCAAACGAAAGCAAUACUACAUCAACCAGGCCAUCCGCAACUCAGACCUCGUCCCCAGAGCCAAGGGGCGCAAGAGCCUUCAGCGCCUGGAGAACACGCGGUAUCUAAUGACCCUUCUGGAGCAGGACGAAUGCGCCAGCGAAGAAGGGGACCUCACCCACCCGGCCAGUCCCAGUAUCUUCACCGAGGCCUGCAACAAUGAGACUUACAUGAAGAUUUGGAACGACUUCAUGAACCGGUCCGGCGAGGAACAAGAGCGAGUCCUUUUGUAUUUGGAAGAGGAGGCUGCGAAGAAGCGGACGAACCAGCUGCCUGGCAAAGCCGAGGUCAAGUGGAAAGAGCAUCCCAACGACACGCCCAAACAGUGUUUCCUGCGCAUCAGCCGGCGACUGCGGAUGACGCUCAAGCGAGGGCGCGUUCCCAUGGGGACUCUGGAAUGCCUGGAAGAGGAUCUUUUGGCUUUUUUCUCUGCCAGCCCUCGCUCCGUCUACACGGCCAUGAUGGACAGCAGCUUUGAGCGACUGCUUCUUCACGCUCUCUGCCAAUACAUGGAUCUCGCGUCUGCUAGUUCCGACUACGAAGGGAAACGCCAAAUGAAGGUUAGCAACAAGCACACAGUCUUCCUCCCCCCGGAGCUGCUUCUCUCGACUUACCUGGAGCAAAUGAGCUGAUGAUGUCCCGGCCUUCCAGAUCGUCAUUCAGGGAUUCCCUGCCCUUCCGGCUUAACCAAGAAACCACAAAAGGAAAUUUAGCAGACCAGCCCCUCCUGCCCAUGCUCGCCAUUUCAGGCUUUGGGAGGUGGUUCCUUUCCCUACAGGGCAGCGAUGGGGGACUUGUGGCCCCCUGGAUGUUGUUGGACUCCCAUCAUCCCUGGCCGCUGAGGCUUCUGGGAGUUGGAGUCCAGCAACAUCUGGAAGGAUACAGCUUUCUCAUCCCUGAUCUGAGAAGAGGCAUUCCCCGCUCUCGGGAGGGAAUGCCUCUUCUCAGUAGAGGGGUUCUUCCAUCUCACACGUGCAGCAGUGAAUGCUGCUGCUUAGGGCUUACUCCUAAGAGGAUGUGUUAGAUUUGGGGGGGGGUAUCCCCGCAGCCUCCUGUUUUCCCAUCUCAUUUCAUCCCAUUUCAGGAAGUUUGUGCUGUGGAGUGUGUUACUCUGUGCUAGUAAGACCUGUUGAAGUUAAUACAAAUGACUAACUUAGGUUUGUUCAUUUCAGUGGGUCUACUCUCCGUAGGGUUCAGUGCAAUGCAACCCACGGCAUCGCAUCUGAAAGCUCAUAGAUGCGACUCUCAGGUUGCUUAAGGCUGUCCAACAUCAAACAGCUCUGACAGGUUAGAUCUCCCCGUCCUGAGUUAAGCCAUUUCUCUCUCUCUCUCUCUCUCUCUCUUUUGCGCGCGCGCGCGCACACACAGACAUUUUCUCCCCCCAUCCCUCCCAGUUGAAGUCACUGUGCCUUCCCAAGAGCAGCCCUGAUGGGCCAGGCCAAAGGUCUGCCUAGUCCAGCGUCCUGUUCUCACAGUGGAAACCCUCAUGCCUCUUUGGAAGCCCCCAAGCAGGGCCAGAGCCCCACAGCAGCUCUCUCCCCCUGCAGCUCCCGGCAGCUGCCCUUCAGAGGCAUCUUGCCUCCGACGGAGGAGGCAGAACGUAGCCACCGUGGCUAGCAGCCAUUGGUAGCCGCCUCCGCCGUGAGUUGGUUGCCUUUUCCUCCUCUUCUGAAGCCAUCCAAGUUGGUGACCAUCACAUCCAGCCGGAGCGAAUCCCAGAGUUUAACUCUGCGGGACAUGAAGAAGUCCUUUCCUUUCCCUGCCCUGAAUCUUACAAUAUCCAGCUUCGUUGUUAAUAUUAUCAUUAUUUGAUUUAUAUCCCGCCUUUCCUCCCAGCAGGAGCCUGCAGGGUGUUAAGGGAGAGAGAGAAAAUGCUUUUCUCUGUCCACUCACUCCAUGCCAUGCAUCAUGAUUUUAUGCACCUCUCUAUCAUGUCCCCCCCCCAUAGUCACAUUUUUUCUAAACAAAAAAAGUCUCUCUUCUCAGGGGAAUUGCUUCUUGGUCAUUUGAGUUCCCUUUUCUGAACCAUUUCCUUUUUGAGGUGUGACAACCAGAACCGUGCACAGCGUACCUCCAGAAAAGAUUUACUGUCAGUGUGAAGGAGACUUGCUGUUGGCAUACCCCUUGAUUGGAAACAGGCACACCCAGGGCAGUGAUUCAGACAGGGCUGUGACAGACAGCCUCCUCUGAAGACAGCAGUUAUUCGGCCUCUGUCGAGACUGUCAGAUGCUGUUCGAUCAUUAAAAAAGGAUAAUUGCCUGUCAUUGGAGGAGGCUGUCCUUUGUAUCGCUGUCUGGUCUUGUGUUCUGCCCUGCAAAAGUAAAUCUGAACUGGUUUCUACCAUUGGUGAUAGAUAAGGAUUUUGAGUUUUAGGCAUGGAUUAAAUAUGUGGUACGAAGUACAUAAACCCAUCAGGAAUCAUUGCAGGGUCUAAUAAAUGAGCAAAUUGCUGUGUAAAGUUUUGGAUUGUUGUUGCGUCUGCUCACGUUGAUUUUUAUUUUUGCAUGAUCAAAAAUGUCGUAUACCAAAAUGGGGUGUUUGUGUGUGUGGGGGAGUUGUGUGAUUUUUUUACUGUUCAGGCUGUCAAGUUAGCAGUGCUCAUUUGCAAAUAUUCUGCUUAUUGAGAAUUAUGCACUUCAUGAUCUGUUGUGAUUCUGAGGCUGUUCCAAGACAAAGUUGAAUUUCCAUUUUUUGUUAGAAAUCCUUUGAGCUCCCCAUGAAAAUAAAAUCCCUGUCUGUUGGGAACUAAGCUGUCAAAGACUUUUGGCUAGCUUUCUGUCUGACGUCCUAAUUUACUAUGUGCAAGAAGAAUGGGGGGGAUUUGAACCUGACCCCCAUAUACACACACACACACACACACACACACCUUUCACUACAGCGAUGCAGCCAAUCCUUCUGCUAAAUGUAUAAACCAAGGUUGGAUUUUGUAACAAGAACAAAAUGUGUUCAGAGUUGGAUGCUUUCCUUGUAAAUAAAUAUUGAUGCUUUUAAAAGUAGA